UCCAAUUGCUCAGCCACCCGUCAUUGGGGAAGCUGCUGGCAGCCCCCACCAAGAACGUGUGUGCCGUAAAGCAAAGAAAGAGAGAAAGAGGAUGAGUGCACCCCACCCGACGCCUCCAGAUCUCCACAAUCGUCACCUCAUCUUCAUCUUGCUUUUGCCAGGGAAAGGCCGGUCAAAGCCGUACACCACUACCUCGACUCGAAGUGUGUUUGCCGCCCAUCCACGGAUAGAGCUCGUCGCCUAGAACGAGCUCUUCCUUCAGCCGGUUCCUUUCGGCUAGAGUGUGAGAUUUCUCCUUUCUUUUUCUCCUUGCUCUGACGUGUACAUUAUGACAAGAAGGAGCUCGUGACACUCCCGUCUUCUUGGUCCACGUGAGUGGUAGUCGGGAGAACGGGCCCAAGGAAGAGGACGGUAACGAGGGGGAGGCGGACGAAGUACACACUCUUCCGCGUGCGUACCAUAGCGUAGCUCAACCUAACCAAGGCUUAAAAAGCUGAAAGGUCGGUACCCGUGGUGCUCGAGACAACACUAGGCAUCUAGGCAGGCCCGGGAAGCCGUUGGCUGCCGUUAUGCCCUGCGUGGUGUCCCUCAUUUCCAAUGAACCAGCCACCUCUUGUCUUGGUGCCUGCGUCAUCAAUUCUCGCCUUGUCACUGCCUCCGUCCAGCGCUAGAGAGAAGAAAACGAAAAGACGUGAGGAACAUCAUACUGCGUACAGAAAUCGCGAAUGCAAGAGCCAGCGAUAAGAGGAAUGUCGCGAUUGCUGUGGCUCGCAAGGGGGGUGCGCGCCAGAAGGCACCAACCAGGCUGCACCUCCGCGCGAGACCCCAGUCAACAGCGCGAAGACUCGACCGCAGACCGGCCCUCUUUCGCACACGACGGCAGAACCACGAACGUGUCUCUGGGAGCUUUCCCAAGGUAUCCAAUGUUCAACCAGCCUCCCGGAGCUUGAACCAGGUUGGGUAGCACUCACCCUGCCCUGCUCAACCCUGGCUGGCUUGGUCUGGCUGCCCGACUCUGUCCCCUCACCCUCUCUCCAACUUUCCUCUCCCCCAACUUCGACAGGCA